CACACCUCACCAAGCACCAAGAGCAGCAACAUCAACUCACAGGAGUUUAAACUUUUCCCUCCACAGAAGAAAACACUGGAAAAGACUUUUACCUGCUACUGAGACAGCUUGUGUUGGACUUUACUUUCACUCUGUGUUUGUUUUUGGAGUGAUUUUUGGACAGUUUGAGAGCGGAGGAGUGCCUGAGUUGAUGCAUGCGCUCUGCUGACACAGACAUUUGAUUAUCGAGAGUUUCUAAAAGCAGCUGGUAAGCUCUCUUUUUCCUUCCGACUUUAUGUCUACAAAGAUGGAACAGCCUUUCUAUCAUGACGACUCUUUUCUGUCGGCUUACGGCCACUCAGAUGCAGCAAUGCACGACUACAAACUGCUAAAGCAGAAUAUGAAUUUGAACUUGACAGAGCCCUAUCGCAACCUGAAAUCCCAGCUGAGAGCCGAGACAGACCCGUACCAAGCGGGGCACCAAGACGUGGGGUCCCUGAAGCUGGCAUCCCCAGAGCUCGAGCGGCUCAUCAUCCAAAACAGUAACGGUGUGAUCACCACUCCCACCCCGGGACAGUACUUCUACAACCGGGGGAUCACCGAUGAGCAGGAGGGCUUCGCGGAGGGGUUCGUGAAAGCCCUGGACGAGCUGCACAAGAUGAACCAGAUGCCCCCUCCCAACGUGUCCAUCGGCGCCGGUGGAGUUACUACGUGCGCGCCGGCGGCCUCUAGCGUCUUCGGCUCCUCCCUGCAGCCGGAGCCUCCCAUCUACACCACACUGAACGCCUACUGUCCCAACACGAGUCUGUCUUCUGCGUCCAGCUACCCCACCGCCACCAUCAGCUACCUGCCGCCGCACCAGCAGAGCCACCAGCAGACCUCGACGCACGGCGCGCACCCGUUCCAGCACUCCCUCCCCGGCUCCGGGCUCCAUCCGCAGCGGCUGGUCGCGCUCAAAGAGGAGCCCCAAACCGUGCCUGAUCUCCUCAGCAGCGACGGCUCGCCUCCAAUGUCCCCGAUCGAUCUGGAGACCCAGGAGCGCAUCAAGGCGGAGCGCAAGAGGCUGCGGAACCGGCUAGCGGCCACCAAAUGUCGGCGGCGCAAGCUGGAGCGCAUCGCCCGGCUGGAGGACAAGGUGAAGGGGCUGAAGAACGACAACGCGGGGCUCUCCAACACGGCUUCGGUGCUCCGGGAUCAGGUCGCCCAGCUCAAACAGAAAGUCCUGACGCACGUGAGCAGCGGCUGUCAGCUGAUGCUCACGAGCAAGCUGGAGGCGUUUUAGGCACCAGAGACUACUAACUGACUGAAAAGUAAUAACACUGGAGGUCUGCAUGCGCAGCGCUGGUUCACCGGCCGGUGUGUGUCAGCAGCACGGGGCCGAGGCAAGCUGUGUGUAGACAACUCUGUGGGCCAUUUAGGGUGAAAAGACUGAUUUGAAAUGGUACUUCCGGAUGCUGGACAUCGCUGAAAAGCACCAUUCAACCCCUGACACCGGGGCAGCAUCCAGACUGAGCAGACACUGAGCAGACGCAGCGGGCAGACAGGCCCGGAGGUUUACUAAUGGUAGAAAAUGGGAACGAUUAUUGUAUGUCUUUGUAUUUUUGCAACUGAUAUUGUGAUGCAAUGCUGCAUUUAUUCAUUGUGUAAAUUAUUUUUGUUUGUCUGGUUGAUCCAAACAAACUAAUGAUGUCCAAUGUUUACAAUGUCUCUUUUUUUUUAUUUGUGAUGUGUAUUUAAGUAAAGUGUCUUAAAAUGAAA